AUGUCUUUCAGUUUUAAUUUUGAAAAAGAUGAUAAAAUAUCUAAAGAUGACGUCAAUACAAAAGCUAGAACAUCUAUAAAUGCAAACAUGAUUGAUUAUACACGGCUUUUGCCUCCUAAAAAGCAUACUCUUGAAGAAAUGCUCACGUUUUUACCAGAAAAUAUUUCAUUUAAUACUAUACCAAUUGAAUUUGAGAAAGAAGCAUCAUGUGUUACAUUUUUACCAAAGCGUGAGCUCUGGGAUAUUCGAUUACAACUGAUGAAACAUGAUUAUGAUGAAUAUCAAGAUGAAUUACAGCUUUUAAACAGUAAUAAAGAUAUUUUACCAUAUAUUUAUGAAGGAGGGUAUAAAACAUGGGAAUGCAGCUAUGAUUUAGCACAGUAUCUUGGUUGUGGAUCUGCAUUGCCUUCUGUUACAUUAUUCAUAAAGACACUUUAUUCAAAAAAUCAAUCUAUAAAGUUCACAUUGCAGGAUUAUAAUAUCUCUGUUUUGAAAUUUUCAGCUAUUCCAAACAUCUUUUUAGCCUGGGCAAUAACAAAGAAUCAAAAAUUUUCAUCUUUAAAAGAAAUAAAUAUAACGGAUACAUUAAAAGAGAGAUUUCUUUCAGAUUUAUCACAACAAAAUAUAACUAUAGAAUGUUUUUCUGGAGGUUGGUGCAAUGAAAUGAAUUGCUUAAUUCAAGAUACACAUGAUCUUGUAUUAGGAUCAGAAACUAUUUAUUCAAAACAAAAUUUAGACCCUUUUAUAAAUAUGCUUGUUUAUAAUAUUAAAAAUCGUCAAGAUAGUGAGGCUCUUGUCGCAGCAAAAAAAGUAUAUUUUGGAUUAGAUACUUCAAUAGAAGAUUUUGUACAAAAAUUGAAAGAAUAUCAUUUAAACUAUUCUGUUGUUUAUGAAAACAUGAAUAGUGGUAUUAUACGUGUAAUACUUAGCAUUAAAUAG